GGUUAAUGUGCCAACGGGUGAGGGUCAGAGCGGGUGAACACCGCGCAUGCUCAGUGCCAGCUUACAGCUUCUAGUUUGCAGCGGCUGCUCUGUGAGUUCCCGGCUUGAGGUGAACGGAGGAAUCUGAGAUACAGAAGCUGCUGGUGCUGAAGUUCAUCCUGGUGAACUCAUUAUACUAAGGGGGCUGAGGCUUUUACAUCUUACAUAAUCAUCUGGAAUAAAACUAGUGACCCUAGCAGUGUGCAGAGUAAGCACAUGUCUAUUGUGGAGGUUGUUUCAGCAGCAAGAACAAAGAUCUGAAAUCUCCAGGAUGAAUAAAGACAAAGAGCUGCCUGGGGUAUUAGUGGAGGAGAUUGGAGGACCUGAUGGAGUAAUGAAAGAACAUGUGGACUUUCUGAAGGAGCACUUUACUCUCAUAACUAUGCAAGAAUUAAAGGAAAAUAAGGAAAAAUUAGCCGACAAAAUUGUGUGCAUCUUUAACUGGGCCAACAAACCCAAUGUUGACAGCACGCUCCUGAAAUGCCUACCUAGGCUCAAAGUAAUAGCAAGUGCUGGAGCAGGAGUUGACCACCUGGAUAUAAAGAUGAUUUCAAGCUAUGGCGUGAAAGUGGCAAACACACCUCUUGCUGUCACCAACUCUACAGCAGACUUAGCAAUGACAUUGCUACUAGUGUCAGCCAGGAAUUUUUUGGAAGCUCACCAGAUUGCAGUUUCCCCUAAUACUGAACGGAUUGACGGCAACUGGGUAGGAGGAGAUAUAACAGGGAUGACACUUGGAAUUGUUGGACUGGGAAGGAUUGGAUUCAAAAUUGCUCAGCGAGCUAAAGCAUUUGAGAUGAAAAUUCUGUAUCACAAUAGGCACCGCAGGCUGGAGGAGGAGAAAUCUGUAGGAGCCACGUAUUGUGCACGGCUGGAUGAUUUACUGCAGCAGUCAGAUUAUGUAAUGCUUGUUGUCAACCUCAGUCCAGAGACCAAAAAAAUGAUUGGGAAGCAUGAAUUUCAUGUCAUGAAACCUACAGCUACAUUGAUAAAUGUUAGCAGAGGACUUGUUGUUGACCAAGAUGCUUUGGUGGAAGCUUUGCAGACUUGUCAGAUAAAAGCAGCUGCAUUAGAUGUAACUUAUCCAGAACCACUACCAAGAGAUCACCCUUUGCUUAAAAUGAGCAAUGUGGUUCUAGCUCCUCACAUGGGCACUGCAACACAUGGCACUCUACAAUUAAUGAUGGAAGAAAUGGUUCAAAGUAUGAUGGAUGCUGUUAAUGGUCUCCCAGUGUCCAAUGAAGUUACUGAAUGAUAACUCAACAUUUUGCAAUUUUGAUGAUUUGUAUAGUCAUUUAUACCCCAUUUAAGGUUUAUUCACACUGCAGAACCUUGCGGAUAUAUUUGGUGUAUUGUGUGUGAAAAGACCCUAGCCUAUGUAGUAGGAGAGUCCCUAAUAUUAUAUAACAUCUUUAUUACUGGAUUAUUACUGUUUAAAGUGAAUCUUCCCUAUCUGAGAGCAGCAUAUAAAAAGGAAGAGACGCUAAGCUCUGUGAUAUAUAUAGGUUUAUAUGGUUUGGAGAAGGUGUCCACACUUGGUGAUUGACUUAUUUUUCUGUUUAGGAGCUUGUUACUGGGUGCUCUUUGCUGACCCCAUAUUGUUAUUGGUAAACGCUUUUAUAAUGCCUAUGAUGUUAGCUAUGUUUUAUACAUAGUUAGCUUUGCACUGAUUUAAUGCUGAUGAUCUGAUUGUUUAAAUCUGUAAAACUUGAUAAAAGCUUUUGACACAUAAAAAAAACAAAAAUCCUCAAAUCUUCCAGUACUUAUCAGCUAAUGUAAACCCUAGUGAAAGUCAUGUAGUCUUUCUAAUGAGAUGCAGUGCUCUCUGCUGCCACCUAUGUCUGUGUCAGGAACUCUCCAGGGCAGUGGCAAAUCCCCAUAGUAAACCUCUUCGUCUUUGAACAGUUCCUGACACAUACAGAGGAGGAAGCAGGGAGCAAUGUGUCUUACUGUAAAGACUACAUGACAUCCUCCAGGGAAUACACAAGCUGAUAAGUACUACAAAGCUUACAAUUUUUAAACAGAAGUAAUUUGCAGAUCCUGUCUCCAAUCGACUAGAAUUUUUUUUCUCUCUCUAGAAUACCCCUUUGUAUUGCGUUGUCCAGCAGUGGUAUAUACUGGGGGACUCUCUGACAUACAGCUAUGAUGGAUGCCACAGUGUGGUAUUUGUCAUAUAUAGACCCUCAUGUAUAAAAAGGUAUACUACAUGGUAUAUCCUGCUCUAUGGAAUAGCAUACACAACUUUGCCAUUUUUCUAGCAGAAGAAACAUUAACCGUGCCGGAAACCACCCAAAUUGCAUCCAAAAUGACACUCUUGCGGUCUAUGGAUACUUUUGCUUUACAUUUCAGGAGAUUGCUGGCACGUACAGUAAAUGGACACCACCAAUGUAGUUUAAAGGAGCCUGUCAUUUUGCAUUCCCAUGAUGCAGUUUUUGUGGGUUUUAGUCUUGGAAUUUUUUUUGCCGUUUUUCUUAUGACAUUUCAUGUGAUUCUAGGAUUUCUACGGAAGAAUGGGGGAGGAGGGAAGGCUGGAAAAAAUGUCUAUACUAAACCCCCACAUGGUGUUUUAUAGGGGUUUUUAUAAACCUAUAGAUAACAGGUUCAGCUUCCCUCCCUCUACUAUAGUAGUCUACUCUCAGAACAGCAUAAAUUACUUCACAGAUUGUUACAAAAGAAAACAUACAUACUUAAUAAAUGUGGUAAGACUACAAAGUUUUUUUCAUUUUGUGUUUUGAAUAAAUCCUUAUUUACGUUGAUAUACAUAAUUGUCAAUUUUUAACACUCAAAACUGACAAUUAUGGAUGCUUGAUUAAAGAGGUAUUCCAGGCAAAACCUUUUUUUAUAUAUAUCAACUGGCUCCGG